AUGGAAAUCACAGAAGAAUAACUCAUUCAAGAAGCAGUGAAAGCCAAAGAAAGAGCAUAUUGUCCAUAUUCAAACUUUAGAGUAGGAUGCUCCUUGUUGACCAAAAACAAUAAAUUAUAUACAGGAUGUAAUGUUGAAAAUGCAAGUUAUGGUCUCUGUGUUUGUGCUGAGCGUGUAGCCAUAUGCAAAGCAGUAAGUGAAGGAGACCGUCAAAUUUCAACUAUUGUAGUUUCAAGUGACACUGAUGAGCCCACAUUCCCUUGUGGUAUGUGUAGAUAAACAAUCAUUGAAUUUUGUUACCCUGGUAACGAUAUUAAGAUUAUCGCAAUUGGAAAGGAUCAUACUAAACCAAAAUAUUCAAAGGGCACCGAAGUUAUACCGUUUGCAUUUGUUCCUAAAGAUCUCAAUGUAGAUCCUUAAUUGGAAUAAAAAUGACAAAAUAUUUAAUAAGAAACAA